CUCUUGCCGAAUGCGGAAAAAAUAUAUCAUAUCUUGAUAUCGAAAAUUUUUUCUGUAAUUCUCAAAAUUCUGUUAAAUAUUUCAUUUUUGCGUAUUUGAUUUCAUCACUUGUCAAAUUGGAAAAAAGUUUCCUUAUCCCGAUAAACCUUAGAUAUUAAAAUUCUAUUGUCUUGUGCAAAGGCUACUCUUAGCUGCAAUUCCUAGAGAUCAGAUACGUUGAAAUUGUAUAUACAGCACACAUCUUAACAUAUUUUGGAGACAACAUAUUAUGACUAACUUAGCAAUACAACCACAAUAAAUGCUGCAUUGCUGAAAAAGAAUUUUCAGAGAAAUACUUGGUAAUGACAUUUAACUUCUAUUAAAUUUGGGAAACAAAGAUUUCUUUUCAAUAUUCAUGACAGUAUAAAUACAACAAAAAUCCUGGCAUAGUGUGUUGAUGCAACAGGAUGUGUGAUGUAAAAGACAGCGGUUUAUUUUUGAGCAGGUUCAAAUUGAGUCAAAUUGACAUAGUGUUAUUAGUCUUCUUCUGAAAAACAUAACUUCUUCAUAUCACCACAAGAAAAAAUUUUUUAGGCUCAAACAAUCCUUAAAUAAAUAGCUUGGGGCUAUUUUACAGCAUGCAAGGCUUGAACCGCAAACGUUAUGAGCAUAAAAGUAAUCCAACCAUAUAAAGAGUGGACACAAGCCAGUGUGUGGUAUAGUAUUAUAGAGAUGAUGUUAGAAAACAAAAGUAUGAAUUUUAUUUUUAUAUUUUAAGUGAGAAGCACAGGUUGAUAACUAAAAGAUAUUUUUGAAAUUUAUCUUCAAACAGAAGAAAAUCCAGCAUAGCAUUAUGGACUUUUUUAGGCUAUCACAUAGAAUUGGUAACAUGUUUCAAUUGAGAAAUACAACCAGAACCAAUUUGGCAGUGUUACUCCUUCUAUCAUAUUUCAGUAAAGUGAGGGCACAAAAUGAUUAUCCGGAAGAAACGGGAUUGACAGAAACACCAGGAAUCAAACCAAGCACCAUAUUUCCUGCAUUGGCACUCGCAGAGAUCUCAUCACAAUUAAGACGAAGACCACCAUGGCCCAAGAGAUCUCCUAAAUAUCCACCAGUGACUGGUCCUGUGAAUGCAUAUACAUGUCACGAAGAAAAAUAUAGGCAUCUACGUUCCUGCUAUUACACCCUACACCCAGCUUGGAAGCCCAGAAUAAUACCAACAUAUAUUGAUCAAUAUUUGUGUAAUGAGAAACAAAAAAGAAGACAGCAAUGGAGUAGAGGAUCACGUUCCAAAAGAUUCGCUGGAACAGGUACACAUGGUAAUCCAUGCCAAGGAUUUGAGGAAGAACAUCCUGUAGAGACAUUGGAAGCAGAAGACAUGAACGGAAAUAUAGUAGAACUCUUCCACGAUAUAGACAGUCAAUUGUUCCAGACAUUCUAUAAAAUGAAUUGCUUGACUUUAUCAAUGUCAGGAAUGAAUUGUGGACAAGUGAAGAUAGCUGUAGACACACCAAUCUACAUAGACGACGGAGAUGGAAACCCAAUAAACGACGUUGUGCGUAUAAGAAAAGUCAAGAUAGCUAUGGAUUGUGCCUUACAUAUGCCGAUCCUGACAUAACCAUGUUUUGUUCGUUAUGGAAUGAUCAGAUCACGAUUUGAUUCUUCAUUAUCCUAGUUAUUGCUAUUAAUAGCAAAAUAAAUUAUUAUGCUGUAGAACCAA